AUUUAUUAAUGUUUGCUAAUCUUCCUGGAAAAGUAGCCCUGAUAACUGGUUCAACAAGUGGCAUUGGCUUGUCUGUUGCAAAGAAAUUAGCAUCCCAAGGUGUUCACAUAGGACUCAAUGGGUUUGCAAAACCAGAGGAAAUUAGUGCAAUCAGAAAAGAAAUUGAGAACUAAUUUAAAGUAAAGACCUUUUAUCAUGGUGCUGAUUUGAAAGAAGGUCCUCAAGUAUUUUAGACUAAUAGAGAUAGGUUAAAAGUAUGGUGCAGGAAACUAGCAAGGCUCUAGGAAAUGUUGAUAUCUUAGUCAACAAUGCUGGAAUUCAAUAUAUUGAGUCAGCAGUAAACUUCCCAGAAUAGAAAUUCAAUGACAUUAUUGCAAUUAAUCUCACAGCAGCAUUUCUUACAACUAAAUAUACAUUACCAUAAAUGCUUGAUAAAAAUUGGGGUCGUAUUAUCAAUAUUGCUAGUGUUCAUGGUAAUAAAGAUAAAUGAAUGUUUAGGUUUGGUUGCAUCUGUAAACAAAUGUGCAUAUGUAGCAGCAAAACAUGGAAUUGUUGGGUUAACAAAAGCAACAGCUCUUGAAGUUGCCAAAACAGGUGUUACUAUUAAUGCAGUUUGUCCUGGAUGGGUAAUGACCAAAUUGAUUGAGACAUAAAUCUAAUAAAGGGCUGAUUAAUAUAAAAUAUCAUUUGAAGAAGCUCAAAUUAAAUUAUUAGAAGAAAAGUAACCAUCUGUAACACCAGUUUAAAUUGAAUAAUUGGGAGAUUUGAUUACGUUCUUGUGUUCUGAUUCAGCUUCAUAAAUCAAAGGAUCUGCAUAUACCAUGGAUGGAGGAUGGACAGCAUAAUGA